CGUUAGUCCAGCUGGGGUAGCGUCCAAUUUCAUCGCAGGAAAAAAUGAAUACAUUUUCUCUGAUAUCAAUUUUACAGAUGACGCUUUGUCUCAGACCCCAAAAUAAUUCAUUUCAAAACUUACAACAGGCAUACUGUCAUCAAUUUGACUCAGAAAAAGGGACACUUGGGAAUUUGUUCAUUUUGAUCAUAAGAUAUGCUUAGAUCAAAAUGAAUCCAAAUUUGGGAGAGAAUGGGACAACAACUGCCUUUUAUCCACACCCAGACAAUUCGAUUCCGACCCAAACCAGGGACACCUACCUUCUAAUUGCGACAUUUGUGUCAGUCCUCAUAAUCAUGGGAAUUGUGAUGGCGUUUAUCAACAGGAAAUGUCGUCAUUCCUUAUCCAGAGCGAGAUUCCGUCUCCUUCAUCUUCGACACCACGACGUAUUGACAACAGGUCGUAGAAGGCGACCCCAAAUAGCUACUUCAGAAUCGAUGAUACAUCAUGUGCACAAUUUACACGACCCAAAUAGUCCCGUGUAUAGCAAAGAAGUAAACGCCCCCGUCUCUUUUUUCGCAGAAAAAAGGGCUGUUCCUAAUGGAUUGGAGAGGAUUGGAAUGAAAACAAGAUCAUCUAAUUCUAUGUAUGAUUCCGAAAGUUGUAGUAGUUGCCUUGAUUCUGGGAUUUCUGUGAUAUCAAACAAGACUGGGAUACCGACAUGUUCAAUGCCGAAAUAUCAUUCCACUGGCGACAGAACACAGAAAAAACAAGCAAGACCGACAUUGACUUUAGCACCAGACGUCAAGUUAGUCAGAGUACUUAUGCCAGAAACAAUGGACGAAGACAGUGCGGACGCAUACAAUGAUUUAAUCUAUCAUCAGGAACAGGAUUGGACAAAGAGCACACCGACUGGUGAUUCUAAAAAUUACAAUGUGCGAUUAAAUGACUCGUACAACAACAGAAAUAUUGACGAAUUGCAUACUGGAUUGACAAGAAAUAGACUCGAGGAUGACGCAGUAUACAGAACAAGGAGUCCCAAAAGAAAGCCUCUAGAUGAAUUUGAUCAUCAGUCCUCAUUCAAUGUGAAAUCAUUGAAUAGUAUUGAAGACCCGUUCGACGAAAAUUUUAAUAAUGUGCAGGACUUAGAUAGCUGCAGUCUGUCAAAAGGAAAGCUUUAUAUUGAAACUUUUGACUCAAAAUUCCAACGUAAGACAAAACUAAAUGCAGGUGGUUUCGGUGCAAUUCGUUUUGAUGAAAAACAUUCAUCUAGCAAACACACAGAAAGAAGUAAAGGUUCUGGAAGAACAUCUGGAAAAAUUAGGGUUGCUUCGAAACCGCCAGUCAUUAGGAAGUCAGCAUCCCGUCCAGAGGAUCGUGAAAACAUUUGGUCCACUUCCAAACCAGUAGUAAUGAUAUCGUCUGCGUCACCAGUGAGGGACCAUUUCUUAGACAAUGAUGUUCUUUGUUACAAAAAGGGUGAUACAACGAACAGUCAAAACGAACGCCAUUCGGGUUUAGACAAUCUUUUACCGUCUUUGCAGGAAUUCGGAGAGUUUCUACAAGAGAGACGCCGGAAUCUCUCCUUUUCGAAUUGAGAACACCUGUUAUUUGUGGAAUUGCACAUUUCAUCAUGUAAUAGACGAAAUAUCCACCAAAUCCGGUAAUUAACUUUGUAUUAAUUGGAAACCCACCGCUGACCUGUAGAACAUGUUACAAAUUUACAAUUAUUAGCAUGGUAAAAUUCAGCUGAUCUAGGUUGUGUGUUGAUCAUGGAUUACAGUAUUAUAUAAGGCUUAUAUGACAUGUCAUACAGAAGAAAAUUCUAACAAAGUUAUGAUUAUUACAUGAUGUUUUAGAAAAGUGCGCAUUAGAUAUGAUAGUGGAUUUGAUGUUAUAAAACGAAUUGGCAGUUGGUAGAUUUUUUUAAAGUUGUAAUAGAUAAAGCAAUAAAGUUUGUUGACAUAUCAAGUAUCAUUCCUAAUGUGUACUUCUCUCGCUUUCCAACUAUAUUAUGAAAAUGUGAAGAUAAUGAAGAGUGAUCAAUGUCUUUUUUCUUUCUCUUUUAUUUGAAAUACAUACACAUAACAAAACAAACCUUAAACAAUAGAUUUUUCAUGAAAGUGUUGAAAUCAUAAUGCAUCGCACAUAAUAAUGUUCGUAAUAAAUAAUUACAUGUAAAUGAAUGCUACGAAAUAGUGUACUAUGAAAAUCAUGUAGUAAAUAAAUUGAUACUAAAUAUAUUAAUACAUAUUAUAAUGUAUAUAAAUAAUAUAUGAUAUGAAUUAUAUUUGAAACCUGUACAAAUUAUUAGAAUCAAACAUAUAUAGUCAGUUUUUAAAUCGAGGUAAGCUACUGACAAACAAGUUGAUGGUACAGGGAUUUCAUCAGUCUCGAUUGAAGUCAGCCUUUCGCAAAUUCUAUGGUCGUUAUAAUGAUCUAGUUCGUCAAUACAUCCUCGCAUUGGGUCAAAUGCUGUCUGACGUGUUUCAUACCGAUUGUUAGGCCGUUCUUGGCACACUAAUAUUGACUACAGAUAACUCCGUUUUCCUGAUCAGGAUAUGGGGCUCACGGCGGGUGUGACCGGUCAACAGGGGAUGCUUUCUCCUCCUAGGCACCUGGUCCCACCUCUGGUGUGUCCAGGGGUCCGUGUUUGCCCAACUAUCUAUUUUUGUAUUGCUUGUAGGAGUUAUGAGAUUGAUCACUAUUCGUUAUCUUCACCUUGCAUAUGUAAUAAUGUACUAAAUAAAUUUAUCUAAUGUACAAAUGAUAUAAGAAAGCUAUGAAAUAAUGGACAUUGUAUAUAAAUGAAAUGUGAAAGCAUUAUACAUGUAUAUAUAAACGAUAUAGGAAAGCCACCAAUGUCGACCUGUAGGACACACCUUAUUUACAGUUCAACAUUGCCCUCAGGUAAACAAUGUGUUGAGGGACUGUCUCCCUAUACACUGGAUAGCUUUCUAUUAUCUUAAAUUUUUUAGAUUGAUAUAUUUUUUCCUAAAGAGAGUUACUAGCAUCUAGAUAAAAAUUAUCUAUAAUUCUAUUCGCUUUUCUUAGGACAUAAUUUUUGCAUGGAGAAACUGAUUCAGUGUCAUUCGAAGGUUUUCCUCAGACAUAUUAACAUUGUUAAAUUUACAUUUCAUUUUGUAGCUAUAGAUUGUGAAAGUAUUAAAGGAAAUCAUGUUAUUUAAUCUAAUUGUUUUGUACUUACUUCAUAGUAAAAUCACAGUACUAUGUUUUUCCAACUUAUAGGAAAUUUUUUAAAAAGCGCCAAUUUUCUCCGAUGCAUUUCUUGUAAGUUAGAGUGAUUA